AUGAAUUAUCUUCGAACACAGAAUCUCCUCAUUUCAACGCACGUGCCCACCAACGUUCAAGCAUUUCUCUCCGGUCGUGUGAAAAGCUGGCACCGAGACCUUCAAGCAUUUCAGCAUGAACGACUCAUCAUUCCUCAUAAAAUGGUGUCCACUCUAAUAACCGGUGGAAGGCUGAGCUAUCUGGACUGCAGGAUAAGGCUGUAUGAUGCAGCUGAUGUGAAGAAAUGUUCGGCACUGCGCCGAAAGGGCCAAGAUGGUCCUUUGUGGAUGGCCUUUUAUGGCGAUUCCAAAGUUCGAGACAAAUUCGCAAUGUUCCUUGAAAAGACUCCAAAUUUCAACUGGUAUAUCUAUAAUAACACUCUAAAGGAAAAGACAUCAACCACAUGGAAGGCGUACAACUUGAUACAUGGCUAUAAAAUGCAGCACUCUCUAAGUGUUGCAGGAGACCAAGACGCCAAAUUAGAUUUCAUUUGGGCACCAAGAGGAUUUGAGAUCUACAAUAAGUCAGCACCAAGAGGAAAUGAACUUGAGUUUUGGGCAUACAAGGCUCCGAGAGUGCCAAGCGUGGUUGUCGUAGGUUUUGGAUCAUGGUCCAUGAGUUCUGGAGCAACGACUGACAGUGAGACUCUGAACAAAUAUUCCGACUAUGCAGACGUAUGGCGAAGUAUGGCGAAGGUCCUCAGUGUUCUUGCUGCACGCACCAACGUGCUUGCUUGGGCGCAGUCGAGAAGCAGAGAUUAUGUGGUUGUAUCUCGUGUUAAUGCCGCCAGUAUGAAUCAAGAGCCCGGUUCGAAGAAGCAUGAAAAAGCGGCGCUCAUUCAAAAACUAACUCGACUUCUCCAUUACACUCGACUCUUCUCUUCGACGGCCGAAUGGACCGACGAAGUCAUGCACAUGGCUCUACGGAACACCGGUGUCACCAUCUGGGACUCGACGAUGCCAAUGAAUCUCCUCAACAUUCAAGAAUGCCAAGUCCUUCAUGACUCGAGGAUGACCGCGUAUCUUACUUACUUCGAUCACAGUUGCCAAGACGAUAUCCACAGCGACUCUUACACGGUCGAGGAUGAGAACAUGAUGCUCAUCAACUUGCUCUGCAAUCAAUAUGUAGGAAAAGUCGAGGGGACCUAUUGCUGUACAAAGUAA